UGCGCAGUGUUCGGACUUCUCUGGCCACCAGGAGUGGAGCUGUGGAGUUGGGCGAUAAACAGGCUGUGGCUAGGAGGAGGGGGAGGGGGCGUUCGCUCUGCCGGGACUUCUCACGCCCCCUCAUUCUUUUAGGUGUGGUCAGGUCCGGACACGGGUUCUCGUCAGCCGGCUUGAGCCUACCCCCUUGUGAAAGGGAAAAAUAGCUUUCGCAGAAAGCAGUUCAAGUUGCGGAGAGGGUGCGAGACGUGGAUUGUCCCCAUGCCAGCCAAGUGGUGCGGCCCUGAGCUGGUCCGGGAGCCUGCCCGACGUGUCUGAGAGAGGCCCCGGAGGGGGCGGGAAGGUGACGGUCAGAACGCGGUCUCUGGGAAGAGACGUGGGGAAGAUUCGACUCCGAGAAGAGGAAGAGCCCCAUUGAAAGGGAGUGAGGCCGCUGAGGGGGAGGGGGCUGCCAAGAUGGCGUCUGCCUCUGGGACGUCGGCGGUGGGGUUUUCAUCCGUGGAUGCCGGGGUUCUUUCCAGCGCCUCGUCCUCAGGUUACAACUUUCUGUGCUGUGAAGGCAAGAGUCAGAGAGCAUAUGGAGCCAAGAGAACCAUGACAUCUGAGGUGGCUUAUGCCUCUGGCAUGCCCAUCAAGAAAAUAGGCCACAGGAGUGUUGAUUCCUCAGGGGAGACAACCUAUAAAAAGACAACCUCAUCAGCCUUGAAAGGUGCCAUCCAGCUAGGCAUCACUCACACUGUGGGGAGCCUGAGUACCAAACCAGAGCGGGAUGUCCUCAUGCAAGACUUUUACGUGGUGGAAAGUAUCUUCUUCCCCAGUGAAGGGAGCAACCUGACCCCUGCUCAUCACUACAAUGACUUUCGGUUCAAGACCUAUGCACCUGUUGCCUUCCGCUACUUUCGGGAAUUAUUUGGUAUCCGGCCUGAUGAUUAUUUGUACUCCCUCUGCAAUGAGCCACUGAUUGAACUCUGCAGCUCUGGGGCUAGUGGUUCCCUCUUCUACGUGUCCAGCGAUGACGAAUUCAUCAUUAAAACAGUCCAGCAUAAAGAGGCAGAGUUUCUGCAGAAGCUGCUUCCAGGAUACUACAUGAACCUCAACCAGAACCCUCGAACUUUGCUGCCUAAAUUCUAUGGACUGUACUGUGUGCAGGCAGGUGGUAAGAACAUUCGAAUUGUGGUAAUGAACAAUCUCUUACCUCGGUCAGUCAAGAUGCAUAUCAAGUAUGACCUCAAGGGCUCAACCUACAAACGGCGGGCUUCCCAAAAAGAGCGAGAUAAGCCUCUCCCCACCUUUAAAGACCUGGACUUCUUACAAGACAUUCCCGAUGGUCUCUUUUUGGAUGCUGAUAUGUAUAACGCUCUAUGUAAGACCCUGCAGCGUGACUGUUUGGUGCUGCAGAGCUUCAAGAUAAUGGAUUAUAGCCUCCUGAUGUCAAUCCAUAACAUAGAUCACGCACAGCGAGAGCCCUCAGGCAAUGAAUCACAAUACUCAGUAGAUACUCGCAAACCAGCCCCCCAAAAGGCUCUGUAUUCCACAGCCAUGGAAUCUAUCCAGGGCGAGGCUCGGCGAGGUGGCACCAUGGAGACUGAAGACCAUAUGGGUGGCAUCCCUGCCCGGAAUAGUAAAGGGGAAAGGCUGCUGCUCUAUAUUGGGAUCAUUGACAUUCUGCAGUCUUACAGGUUUGUUAAGAAGUUGGAGCACUCGUGGAAAGCUCUGGUACAUGACGGGGACACUGUAUCGGUGCAUCGCCCAGGCUUCUACGCUGAACGGUUCCAGCGUUUCAUGUGCAACACAGUCUUCAAGAAGAUACCCUUGAAGCCCUCUCCUUCCAAAAAGUUUCGGUCUGGCUCAUCUUUCUCUCGGCGAGGAGGCCCCAGCGGCAACUCGUGCAUUACUUACCAGCCAUCGGUGUCUGGGGAGCACAAGGCACAAGUGACAACAAAGGCGGAAGUGGAGCCAGGCGUCCACUUCGGUCGUCCUGAUGUUUUACCUCAGACUCCACCUUCGGAGAAAAUCAGUGAGGUCUCGACUAUUCCUGACCCCUGUUUUUCACCUGUAGUUGGAGAGACUUUGCAAAUGCUAUCUACAAGUUCCGACCUCUUGGAAAAGCUUGAAAUUGAAGAGUCAGAGUUCACCCAUUGAGCAGAAAACCUCAGAAGACCUGGAAUAAGAUUCUACCAUCUCUGUGAUCCCAAGAUGUCAGCACUUGCCUCAGCAAUGCUGAGUUUUCUUCUUGGUCAUCAAAAAAGUAUGAUGGAGGCUCGGGAAGCUGUCCAGCUCCUCUCUGAAGAAGAACCUGUUCUCCUUCCCCUUCCUCAUGAAUGCGCAUUAGCGCCUCAGACAGUUGAGGGCACCAGCAUCCUCUGCACCCCCGAGCUGGGUGGCACGAGUUUUCAACUGGCCAACCUUGGUUUCCACAACUGAAUGGUUUUCACAGCCCCAUUCUUCCUGAUGGAAAUGGGUUGUUGGACUUAGUGGUUUUCUUCCUUCUCAUCUACCUGUCACCUGGAGCUGGACUCUUAAUUUCCUCAGGACAGACUGGCUGGCCCAUUAUCCUUACCGUGGCUUGCUCUUUCUGGAAGAAGAUCCCUAUAAAGUUUGGAAAGGUUUUUGGGGAUGUGAGGGUGUUUAACCACCUUCCAACCAUUUUUUCCACCUGCAAAAGGAAAAGAAAAAA